AUGGAUCUUUACAACAGCUACACAGGAAAGGCCACGGUACUUGACCCGGAACGGGUCCACAGCCUCAAUGAACUGAACCAACUUUUGGAGCAGCAGUUCGCAAUUGAUCCGCAGCACCAGUUACUUCUGGUCUCGCCGUCGGCUUCUCGCUUAAAAGAGCAGAUGAUUGCUGAAAGCCAAAAAGUAUACUUGUACGACCUUCAGCUGAUAUCACAGCCUGAUCUGGCUCGAUCAAAACUGCUUUCAAUGGAAGCCUCGACAGUGGCUCAAUUGGAAGAAGACAAUAUGGCGGCGCCAGAUCCCGCGGCUGCAUUCGAAGAUCUGGAGGCCUCACACAUGAUUUUAUCUCAGGUGGUUGUGGAUAGAUCAGAAUGGGCAAUGCGCCACAACGAGUUUGCAAAGCAGGUCGCCGAUCGCAUUUUGAAUCUACGCCCCGAAACUAAAACGAUCGAUAGUGGGACCCAUCUUGCUCUAAAUCAUAUGAGCAACCACCUCAAAUCUUUGAGGCGUACUCUGAUGAAAAGAGUUAAACAAAAGGAAGAUCUUGACAAAGAUAUAGCGCGCUGCAGUACUUGGUCGGAGAGCUGGGCUCGCUGCAAGCGCGUACCAGGAUUGGCCCCGAUAUUGGGUACACUACAGAGACCAUUGGUUGCGGAUAUGUUUGACAAGGCGCUCCAAACACAGUAUAAGAUAAAAAAGCAGCUUGCAUUGGUCGAGAAAGCCAUCACGUCUCUUCAAAACAGAGGCACCACCUUAUUAGCAACUUUCACCCAAGACCCGCUUGAAAUUGGGGUCACCGGCGUAGAGCGGCUGCUACGUGAGAUGGAAUCCUUGACCAACAAAGUCGUUUUCGACACCAACAACGUCAAGGCGUUGGCUGAUAAGGAUCUAGCGCGUACUAUAUUGAGUGGUCAUGAAAGAAGCUUGAUUCCAGAUAUUAAUGCUGUUCGAAAAGACCUUCUAACUGCUCUCAAUAAAGCCCUUGAUCAAAAAGUCAUUGCCCAGACCCGGCUAUGUGAAGUCAUGGCCUCCAUUUCUUCAAUCCAGUUGUCGUCUGCAAAACUGAAGCCCGAGCAGGCCAAACUCGGGAAAUUGCUCCAGGAGGCAGAUUCUUACAAGGCAAAAGUGGCGGAAGUCAUUGAGUUGCCAUUCUUAUAUGGUGCAUUCAUUAUCGAACUCAACCGUAGGCAAACAUGGCAACUAGAACACCGCAACAUGGUCGAUUUAAUGGUGGAGCGUUUAGCAUCGCUCCGAGAUGUUGAAUUAGAGCGUAUGGAUAAUUGGCAACAAUACUAUAUGUCCUCAGGUAUCAUGGCUGAGAUUUCUCACGAUCUUGUGCACAGCUUACCGGAGAUCGAAGUGAAUUUGACCAAGAUAUCUGUCCCAGACUCGUUGACUAUUGAAGACUAUCUUGAACAACUCGACGCAGUAGGUCUGAAUAGCGUUGGAGACGAACUGAGAGGCGAGUUGGAGGCAAUGUCAGAACAACUUGCCAAGUCUUUGGAAGAAAACGGACUGUCAAUGUCUUCAAGCAACUAUGAAAAUAAAAUUCGCAAGCUUGAGAGCAUAUUGUUACAGCUUCGGUUUGAACAGGAAAGAUCUACAAGCCACCAGGCUCGUACAAAGAGUGACUCAACAACUGUCAAAGAGACUCAACUAGAGCAAAAAGCUGCGGGUCUUGGAGAACGUGAAAGGGCUAUUGCUGAGCGCGAGCGCGCUUUUGCAGAGCGUGAGCAGGUGUUCGCAGCACGCGAGCGCGCACUAGAAAUUAAACAACGGGCGUUCGAAGAGCGUGAAAAGCAAGUUAUUGAAAAGAAAGCGAUCCAAGAUGGACAGGAGAAAGAGAUUGUUGCUAAACAAGAAGAAACAGUGGAGAGUCUCAGAGGAGAAAACCGCUUUUUGUCUCAGGCAGCCUUGGAAAUCAGUCGGAAGUUGGCCGAAGCAUCACGCGGCGUCAAGAGAAUGCUUGAAACUAUGGGUCUGCAAGGGACCAUUACAGUCGUAAAUGGAUCACCCGUUUUCGAAAUUGCCCGAGUUAAAGGGCUCCGUAGGGCCAGUGUUGCAGGAUCAUCUCAGGUGAGUGAGCCAAGCACGCGAUCAGGCAGCGAGCCAACAGCAGGGUCAACAGCCUCACCAGAGGCCCCCGAGGACAUACAAUGGCUACAGUCCAUCGACAAAGAUGCGGACUACAAGGCAUUUCUAGAUGGAAUAUUUAUUGAUUAUGAUUUAUUGCGUCUGCGGGUCAGCAAGCGAUUCGCGGACAUGGAGAAACUGGCUCGGCAAUUUCAGACUGAAGUUCAUUCGUACAAAUCAGAGGCUCGAAAGGCACAACACGAAAGCCGGAACCGGUUGGCGCUGCUUUCCUUCAAACCGGGCGACCUCGUUCUUUUCCUACCGACCCGAGAUAGCUUGCAGCAGCCCAAGCCUUGGGCUGCGUUUAAUGUAGGUGCCCCACACUACUUCCUUGACCCAAAGAUUGCGGCUGAAAUGCAAAAUAAAGAAUACCUGAUUGGACGAGUGAAAGAAAUCACCGCUUAUACUGUAAAUGCAUCUGACCCCGACCCCGAAAAUAAUCCAUUUGGCCUAGCCGAGGGUGUUACCUGGAGUAAGAUUGUCGCCGAUUGGCCCAACCAGGGCAAGGGUGUCAAAUGUGGAUAG